CUGCUGCAUUUUCUCCGAAACGCAAUUAAAACGGAUACUUUCCAUCGCAACGAUCCACUUCUUUUUAUUUUUCUGGCCUUUAAGACGAGACGAAUCAUCGUAAUUUCGCGCUAUUUCGACGUCUCUUUCCAUCCUUCCUUUCCACAUGCCACAAUGUAUAAGGUCCUUUUCCGUAUCCGUGCUACUCGGUGCUCCUCGAUUGAAUGCAUAAGCGUCGCAUUAGAAAUCGUUCGCAGCUCGGCUCAAAAGUAAUGAUAUUAGCUGGAAAUGGAAGACCCAUGGAGCAAGUGAAAGUUAUUUCUUAACGACGGCCAACACCGUCGGCCUCCUCGGUAUUACCACAAGCCUGACCUAAAAUUGGAGGUAGUAUCGCGCGUGAAUUUCGCGUCUUCGCUGCAUUUAACGCAGAAUUCAAUGAUAAAAGUUUGCGUGUUUAUACACAACGAACGGCAGCAAACUCAAGUUAAAAAAAAAGUUUACGAAGAUUAGGAUUUCUUGUUUGCAUCCCAGAAAGUGAAAUUAUUUGAGGCGAAAUGUUCAAAUUGUUGACCGUAAUAUUUGUAUACACAAUUUUCACUUCGAAAGUAGUAUCGCCGUUUAUUGUACCAGAUGAAGUCCCGUCGCUUCUAUCUUUGAUCUACUCGAACAUCCCAACCAUAAUGAAAGGAACCGAUUCAAGACUUGGAUGGGGUUUCCGGUUGGGAGAUCGCGCUGAUUUCCAAGUUCUCGUAGAACUCGGACCUCAGAAGAACACCCAGAAGUUAGGAAAUCAAGACGACGGAGGCAACAGAAAACGAAACGUUGCCAACAAUAUAGUCAGCAAUCUUUACGCGCAAAGACAACGCGAAAAAGAUCACAUCUCCAAUACCGAUGGAGGGUCUUUUUUGCAACAGUGGAGCCAAAACAUGGGAUCCAAGAAACAACCCAUUACUUACGAAGACGAGGAACCCACUAGAAUCGAGUUGGGUAUUGGAGAAGUCGAUGCCAAACAAGUGCUUCCUGAAGACUCUGUCGUUAAUCUUGCCAAACUGUACGAUAACAGGAAGACUCCUACCGAUGUUACCACCAAGAAACCAGCAACGACUACCAGUUAUAAGGACGCUUUGGAUAACGUGGAUUUGGAUUAGAUUCAAGGGAUGAUUAUGUAACAUUUGCACGAUGCGAUAAACAUCUUGUUGUUGAAAGUGCGAUUAGAUCAUUAGUAAAUGGUGUUCUUGGA